UGGAGUGGAAUGGUACAGCCCGAUAGUAUUGAAGGGAAAGCUGGAAAGGGAUUGUUGUCAUCGACUGGAGGAAGCUGAGCUAGCCGCUGCACCGAUUCCUUUAGGGCUUGUAGCUGUGUUCUCUCCGGGUGUUGGUCGCACCGUCCUCAGCUUUGCCAUGGCUCUAUGCGGGGGUGUGGGAGCCAUGGCCCUUCCGAGCGAGCUUAUCGUCCACAUCUUCUCCUUUCUGUCUGACCGGGACAAGCUGCGGGCCUCGGCCGUGUGCUCGAGGUGGCGCGAGUGUCUCUUCUACCCGGCCCUGUGGACCGAGCUCAAACUUCGAAUCGGCGGCGGUGGCAACGGCGCCAAGUCCAGCUCGGACGAGACCCCCAAACUGGACUUCCUGAUGCGGAAGUUCGGCUCUUUCGUGCGAGAGCUGCAGCUGGAACUAGCGCCGGUGGACCUCAGCCCACUCUGUAACGACCCGUCCUCCACCUGGGUGGAUCAGAACCAAGGUCCCCAUCACGACCCGCAGCUCUCCGAGCGAUGGAGGGACGCCGUGUCCACCUACCUGGACCAGAUGCUCUGUGUGCUCUCAAGCAUCCGCACCAACAGGAACCUGCAGAAGUUGAGUUUGUACGGGGACACCAGCAUCAUCCAACAGGAAGGACUGUUGGACAGCUCCAACCUUCACCAGAUUCAUCAGGGAGACAAAAAAAUCAAUGAAAUCCAGCAGCUGUUCAUGGAGGUGUUGUCCAUCAGUCGGCAGCUGAGGUGGUUGUCCUGCAGCUUCAUGCUAGGUCUGGUGACUCCCUGCUCUUUAGCCUGUCUGUCCAAUCCCUCUGCUGAGACCUUGCUUCACCUCAGCUUGUUGGACCAUCAAAUAGGGCCACUUAUCUCUUCUUCGGAGCUGGAGCGGUUUUCUGCCCUCAACUCUCUCGCUCUGGAUUUUUCCGAUCUGACAUCUGAGCUCUGUGGUCUCCUGGCAUCCCCUCACCGAACUCCCCUGCACCGCCUGUCUCUCUUGCUCAACGGCGCCGCCCUGGAAGUCAAGCCAUUGGAAGGGACGGCCACAGACGAUGACUGGAAGGCGCUGGUUCGUGUGAGUGCCAACUUACGGGUCUACAUCAUGGCCCUGGAGGUCGAGAGCUCAGAGCUCCUCAGGGUCUUAAAGCCAAGCCUACCGCUCGAGCGGCUCCACCUUGACAGCUAUAGCACACAAGUGACCGACGGCACCUUGGAGCUCAUCUCUCUGCAAUACAACAAGACGCUGACUCACUUUCUGCUCCUGAGGGACCACCCGAACUUCCCCGAUCUCAGCGUGAAUCGCAACGAGGAUCCACUGGUCCUCUUGUCUUGGAGGUGCACCCAGCUUGCUGUCUUAGUGAUUCACGGUUACGUGGUUUGGUCCCACAACUUGGUGGCCAUCUCUCGACUGCGAGGCUCCAGCCUUCGUGUCCUCACCGUGUCCGAGGAGAGCAUCGACUUCGAUCCCGACCAGUCUGAGGGCGACCCCGUCCACAGCCUUGUUAAAGAGGUUUCCAGAGGCCUCGGUCGAGUCUGGCACCCGUCUUUGGAUUCCAUCCCGGUUUUGUCUGAACCCACUCAGCACUUCCACCGCGAGCUGCACGCCUUCAGCAAGGGCAUGUAGACCUCGGCCAUCCUAGCCCAUCACACUCCAGGCCAGACCUCACGCCUGGUCUAGAUCUUACCCACACGAGAUGGGCAUUUAACACCUCUGUUUUUAUGUUAUUUUUUUAGUUAGUGUUCUUUUUUUUUAUAACAAACAGAACCAGAUUGGACACAGCAUUUGUGUGUGUGGAAAAUUGGAUUAAUAAUCUUUUAAUAGUAAACAUCAAUUUUAUUGGUCUUCCCUCUGCCCUCUUAUGUGGUCAGGUCUGGACAGGUUUUUUUUUUUUUGUCCCCUCAAAAAUUUGGGUCCUUACCCCAACCCUUAAAGCAUCUUCAUAGUUAAAAGUUUGUUAUUUUUCUUUAUAUUUUAUUAUCACACCUAUUUUAUCCUUCCAUCUUACAAUCUAUUUUUUUUACUUCCUCUGUAGUGGUUUCCCUGCCUGUGUGUGUGUGUGUGUAUAUUUAAAUGCAAAUAUUAGCUGCUUGUUCAGGAUCUGUAGUGAGCGGUCGCGUUUCCGAUCAGUCUGUUUGAAUCAUUCAGAGCAUCACUUGCUGUGUAAUAAUCUACCGCUGCUUCUCCUCUUGUUGAACAAGAGCAGCACAUGCACUCGUGGAAACUUUGAAUUUGUGUAGCUGAACGUGGCUGUCAACGAAACCUAGUCAUGUCGGUGCCAUGAGUCGGAUUUGUAACCAUUUCUAAGCCAAAUAGAGGUGGUGUUGAGGAGGAGGAGGGCGGCGAGGACUCGCCUCUUGUGGGAUGAGAAUCUUGGUGUUUGCCACAAGCUUGCUCCCUGCUGUUCUUAUUGUCGACGUAUUUUUCUUUUUAGAACCUUUGCUUGAGGGAAGGCUUGUCUUCCAGUAGACACUCAUUGCCAAACUUUUGGACGACACACUUAACUGCUCACACAGCUUCAGGGGUGAUCGCCUUGUUUUUCCUCUGUGUUGGAAUAAUACCGCCGCGUUUGCUCCCAAUAUGUUACGCUCUGAAGCCAUCUUAACUAAAUCAGGUUCACAACACGGACAGAGUGAAACGACACAUCCGUGUGUGUGUGUCAUUGCUUCGGUGUUCUGCCACCGUGUUGGGGAAAAUAGAAACUUAAUCAGCGUGCUUCAUGAGAAAAACAUUUCCUUACCAAGACAGACGGAUGCUCUGAAUGUAACUCGACUGCUUGUCGAUAGCUUUGGCAGGAAUACAGCUGGAGAUCAGCCUGACUUUGCUCCUUUAAAAACAGGCUUCAGUUUAUUUUCUAUCAAAUGACAGCACAAGGUUUUGGGGCCAUAUGGCGUCCUCUCCUCAGCGGCGAUGAGUUUUCUCUUUCAGUCUCAGGUUGGAUUUUAACAUCCACGUGGCAGAUACAACGGUGGCGUCAACUUGUGUGUCUGACUGUGUGUGUGUGUGUGUGUGUGUGUGUGACAACAAUCAAAUACUGUUUAAUUUCAGCGUUACUCUUGAGUCACAGUUGCCUUGGACCCUUGUUUGUUUCUGGUUCAUGAUGCUCUUUGUCUUGCCACCGAACCUAAUCAUACAUUUGUUUUCAAAGAAUUAGGUGACGAAAAGAAAUGGCAAAUAUUUUCCAUCUCCAGGAGAUGUUGAGUGGAGCAGGUGAACAUCUGUUAAUGUUUGAGCUGAAUGUUGGGACUUUUUCCAUCUGUUUGUGUGGCGAUAGGCUUCAGUCUGAAGCGCUCUUUAUCGACGCCAGCAAACAUGAGGGACGUAGAGCGAAGGCUACGAGUGUAGCUGAAUGAAACCUCAAGUUUUACCAGUGUGGCGACGGCGCCGGACAGAAGCCCACUCGAAGAGUCGGUCAGCCGACUUUUAUUCUCAGUAUUGCACCACAUGCCCGGCACUUUCUUCGGCCAGCUGAGGCCCGAGCCACUCCUGUGGUUUCCAAUAUUGUGGCACCUUGAAGAUUUAGCCAGCUCGAGUCCUUGGUCUGAAUCUCAGGAUAUUUGCACUUUGGUACGAUGGUUGUCAGUUGACGGUCGCAGCGAGAUUAGAAUGUUACUCAUGGUUUUAAUUCCUCAUCCCCUUAAUAAAAUACAAACCUGUUUUUUAAAAUUUUGAAAUGAUAGACGAUUAUAUUUCGCACAACGGAAGGAUAGCAAGCUUGACGUCAACACGACGGCAGCCAUUUGAAAAGAGCGAACUGCGUGAUCCCUGGGUGUCUUCACUUGUGUCUGUCGUGUGCCUGUUACAAACCCACGCUCCCAUAUGCUUUGUGCUACUUAUGGAUAUCCUGUAUAUAAUGUGUGCACUCUUUACAGAAGUAGAUUAGCGAGCACUUUUUUUGAAAUCGUUUUGGAGUGUGCCUGUGUGUGUUCUGUAGUAUAAAUAGAAACCAUGUCUCAAGGAGGAAGUUAAAGGCCGGCUCUGUUUGUGUGUGUGUGUGUGUGGAGGGGACGGGCCUGUUCGACCUUUUGACUUUUACUCGAACCAGUAAACGGAAGUUGUUCAUUCUCAGGUUAAUAUGGGUUUCUAAUGGAGGAGAGGAGGUAGCUCGUUGAACGUUUAGAGUCACUGGAUCUGUUUUCCUUCCGUUUUUGCUGUUAAAUCUGCCAAAGACCCAGUGGAACAACCUGAACACCGAUUCUUAAGUGCCCACAAACACGUCAGCGAACUGGUCUUCCUCUCUUCGACCGAUUCCAUUCUGCCACUUCUUCUUCACUCUCUCCAUUCUGUUUUAAAUGUCUACAAUUGACUCGCUGAGCUCGGGAAUACGUGUCUCGAUGUCGGCUGUCCAGCUGGAGCGAAAACAGACCAAAGCCGAUGCUGUACAUGCGCUCACGUUGUUCGAACACCGAAUGUAUGUCGAGUUGUUGGAUAUCAAAGUUCGGCCGCCCUGUACAAGCUGUGCGUCGAUGCUGCUAUCUGUGAACGACACUCAGGGUUUGUUAUCGAGCGUCACGAAGCAACUUAAGCCUUCUUCUGUUCAGUGCAGUUCUAUAGUGCAUGUUUACGUCGUAGAUCGAGAAUGUCGGUGACAUUUGUUUACCACCAUGUCGCUCCCCUGUUUCUCCAUUUUUGAGCGAAUGUAAGGUUAAAAAAAAAAGGAGCUUCUUUUGUACGCAAGAGUUGAGCCGGCCCGGUUCCGAAGGAAGCCUGGCACUGAACUUUGAAACUGUUCUGACACUGGAAGUAUUUGAACUGCAAGGGCAGACACGCCUGACCUCAUUAGUUGUGUCAUCUCGAGUGUUUAAAGCAGGAUUUCUUAACGCUGCAAACAACAUUCCACGUGGGUUGUCUGGAUAGCAAAGUGUUAGCGAGCGUGCAGUCUAUUUUUUUACUUUUCAUCGGUCCGCUAGCGAAAGGGAUGGAGGCGGCGGCUAGGGCUUCUCGCACCAGAUGAAACCAGCUGGUCUGAGCCGAGGUGUUUGAGGGCUUCAAAGCCUGAGCGUUGCUGUUCCGCAGAGUGAACAAACAAACCCAAUAGGGCAUAAGCGUCUUGUGAGUGAAGUCACCGGGGGCUCUGUUUGUCAUCCACAAGACCAAUACCAGCAGUAACUGGGCACAUGGGUGGAUGAAAACCGUUUGUUUUCUGAGCUAGUUUCCGUGCACAUUUACAGCCAAGGCAUGCAAACAAGCCGUUUCCGUACCAAAGCAUGAGACCAUCCUCAGUCCUCGGAGACAAACGUGACAACUUUUUUUUUCUUUUUUCGCUGGUCUAGUUGCCUCUCAGGAUGUCCCGUCAGUGGUUCCUAAGACGCGAGGUUCAGCGUGAGUGGAGGGCUCGCUUGAAACAGACAACAGGGUCGUUGGUCACACAAUCCGUCGCAGUCUCGUGGAACCCAGCUCCGACUGCAUGCAACAGUGCGAGCGAGUCUCCUCCAGGGGCCAAACACCUGUCUCCAAACGGGUUCUCCAGUUAGGUGUGUUCCUGUGCUCCCUUAUAGACUUGCUUAUGGAAUUGUGCCACUGAUAACAACGCCUCGCCAAAACCACCGUCAACUGUCGUGCUUUCUGCGGUGGCGAUUUGAGAAAGGCUUCAACAGCCAGCGUCGGCCUUCGAUAUAUCCGCUACUGAUGUCGACCUUGCUGGUAAACAAAGUCUUACUUGUCAAGUCUGGAUAGACCAACCUCCUAAGUAGGCAGGCAGGCCUGCUGCCCAGUUUAGCCUCACAACUAUGCAAGAGGAAUGCAUAUAAUCCACACUUGUGUUUUGGGUUGGGUUUUUUUUCUCCGCACUGUCACACAGCAGAAACAGAGACCAGGAGAACUUGCAAUGACAAUACUUGGCCUUAUGAUGAUUUAUGAAGUGAUAUCAUUUUCUUUUAAAGAUUUCUUGAUUUUCGGUCAGCCAGCCCGGCGACAGCAGCGGUGACGGCGGGCUCACUCUUGGUCUCUGUGAGACUGGAUCGACGGCCCCAGUUUUAUCGUGGUACGAAUGUUGUGCAUUUGUUUAAAAUCAGGACAGUUUGCAAUAACAGCAGUCUUACUAGUGGCCACCAGAGGGCACAAGCAGUGCUGACAGUACCUGGCUGCAUCUUUAGAAAACCUUAGAGGAAGAGAUAAAGACUAUAUAAAUAGAUAUAUAUAUAUAGAUAUAGAUAUAUUACAGCUCUCACAGUGCAUUGUUAUAGGUAUCAGCAAUUUGUUUCUGUGGUAUACUCUUAUGCAACACAUGUGCGGGCUCGUUUUAAUAAAUAUAUUAUGAAGUUCCACUUUGUAAAUCCCAUGUGUGUUUGUUUCAGAAAUGAUUUACCCUUCGUGUUGAAUAUUCAGAUCAGUGUAUUCUUGUGUGUAGAAGCGAGCACAAAGCAGAAAUCAGACUUCACCCAAAACAACUGAGAAGACCAAGGCGUUCCUCUCUGCGGAACAUUUUUAUCUGUGUUUUGACGGAAAUUCGGAUCACCAUUUUGACAAACUGUUGCUCUCUAAGCAGCCUGGUUCUUGACUCAGCUGUUGUUUUCGGUCAAGUCUGCGAAGAACGAGUGGUUGUUUUUUUUUCUUUUUUUUUCUUUUAAUGUUGUGGGACCAAUCUCACCUUAUGAAAGGAAUGAUUUUAUCAUUGAUGAGAUUCAUAAUGGAUGGUGAUGCGAGAGAUGGAUCUCAUAACCCCAGAGUGACCUCUGUUCACUUUAAGGUCAAACUAUUGAAUGUGGAGUCAGUGUUGUAUGAUUGCCUAUCUUCUUUUAGUCAGUAAAUAAAAGCGUCAAAUCAUCGCCUUGUUCAUGCUUUUAUUUUAUUUUACAUGCCGUGUUAUACUUGUGUGAGGGAUCAAAAGUAGCGAUUAAAAACGGACCAUACGUUACGAAAUACAUCUCACUGCAAAUACGAAUAACAGCGUUGAACCAUCAUUGGUUACAACCAAGCGGCUGAACUCUAGAGUGGUGCAAGUUUUGCUUUGUUUUUUUUCCCAGGUGGAGUCUACAUUGUUGUGCUUUGUGGGCACGACAGAAGAAGAUGGCCUCUAAUAGAUCCACAGUG